AUGUCUGUCUCUGACGAAGACUGGUCACCCUCAUCUAGUUGGGACAAAUGUGCAGUGCGACUCAGCCCUGAUGUGGUCGGCAAGCUGGUUACCUGCAGCGAAACGGGUUGGUCACCAGAAGCGCAGGCCCAGGAACUUGUUCGCCUUCAGACCAACAUCCCAUGGUCCCAGCCAUCCGGCAAGUGCUCCCCAUGGAUGACCUGGGCCCCUUUCCCUCCCAACACGACUUCAUUCAAUUCUUCCACACAGGCUAAGGAGAAAGCCACCUGGCCCGGUGGUGUUGCGCUGGCGUGGCCUUCACAAAAGGAAGCUGGCACGCUGGUAUUCUCACAUGUUGACCUUGCUAUGCGCAAUCUCGUGGUUGGGGAUGAUGGGCAACUAUGGUUGAUAGAUUUUGGGGAGGCCAGGUUUUAUCCACCAUGGUUUGAGUUUGUUAACAUGCUAGGGGACCAAAUCAUCGCUGCACGGGGUAAAGAAUGUGAUGCGAUCUGGCGAGCUGCUGAUACCUUUCAUAUGUGA